UGCUGUUCCUGUUCGCUGUCACAGCUCGAAGGUGGCGGAUGACUUUCACUUCGGUAUAGUCUUUGCGUAAUUCGACAUCACACGCUAUACGUGGUUCAUGACACAGCAGCGCGAUUAUUAUGUUGCAUAUGACACUUGAAGCAAGUAGUUAGUGUAGUGGACUUUGUGCAAUAUACUUUCUUGCGCUUGUUUUAACACAAGUAAGUGGUUCUUCAGUGUUCGUUCCUGUCGUUUCUUUGCUGAAAAUAGAUAGUCUCGGCUAAUAACUUAAUUGAACGUGUGGCAUUAAACGAAGACUGUUAGUUCUCGAAGAAUACGACAUUGGGGUCUCUAGUGCACUGAGACAGACAGAAUCGCAGUGAUGUCUAAGACAAUGAGAUCUGCUUCCAGGACCCGCUCCCACUCUGCGUCUAGGUCGAGAUCACGCUCUGAGUCACACUCUCGCUCCAGGUCUCGAAGCAGCUCACGGUCACGCUCAAGGAAACACCGCUAUGGCUCCAGGUCCCGCUCUCGGUCAAAGUCCCAUUCUCCGCCCCAUAACUGGGAGAGGAAACAACCACGGGAAUAUCAAAACCAUCGUGAAUUCAGAGGCUACCACAGAGGCUUCCGGAGGCCUUAUUACUUCCGGGGCAGAGGACGGGGCUUCUUCCGUGGCCGCUUUCAACGUGGAGGGGGAUACAAUAACUUCCGAUCGAAUAAUUGGCAGAAUUUUCGCCAGCAACCACAGCAAAAACAGCAGCAGCAGCAGCAGUAUGCCCACAGCCCCAAGAGAGGGCACUCUCAUUCAUGCACGCCUAAAAAGCGCUCCCGCAGCCAUUCCCGCCGCUCUGACAGGUCUUCUUCACCACAUUCACACCACUCCUCUUCCUCCAGCUCUUCCAGACAAAGGUCUGGGUCUGCUCAGCACAGUUGCAAGGCUGCAAGAGAGGGUGUCUGUGCACCUGAGGAAGCACAGAGGAGUGCAGGAGAUGAGACACUGUCAGAGCAAGGAAGGGCCUGCGCAGAGGCAGAGGGGAGUACAAAAGGAGGCAGAGCACCUGAAGUCUUUCCACUUCCAGUGAACCACGAUAGCAGCUCCAAGAUGGCCAGCCCACAGUUUUGCUCUGCUGUCACUGCUGGUCAUGCUGAUUCAGCUCCUAGUGAAGCACAUUCUGUGUCUGUGAGUUCAGGUACAACUAGCAAUGGCUCCACCUGCUGGCAGACUGUCACCUCUAAGGCUUCUGCCACCAGCCCAUCAAAGAAAAGUCCAACAACAGUUUUCUCUGGCUUUGGACUUUUUUCAGACAUUGAUCAGCAAGAGGAUACGAUUGCCAUGUCCAUGGCAUUUAAAAAAUUCUUGGAGGAGCAGAAGAAUAAAAAGCAGGCUUCUGUUAAUACUCCCACGCACAAAGUGGCAGACAGUGGAAACGGCUCAGGUGAAAAACGGUCUGAAGCCCUUUUGGAUCAGUCGUCUGGGCUCUGUAGGCCUGUAGACCACAACAACAAAAGGGAGAGUCAGAAAUACAAACAUGUUGACAGAGCCCCAUUGCUUUGUGAAGAUGCAGAGGAAGAAGAGGAUGAGGAGACUGAGCCCCAAUUACCCCUGCAGGUUGGUGAGAAUGCCACUUCCAAGCGCACAAGCAAACUCCCAUUCUUUGCUCGGGAACUGUUUGAGCAGCAGGUCAGCAAGCUGGAGCACAUAGAUUGGGACGAUGAACUUGAGGCCUUUCUGCUAAGCAGGAAGCAGGAGAGAGCUGCAAGCUUUUUGGCUGCGUUAUCUAAGAAGGAGAAGCUCUCACGCAAGUUCAGGGAGCUUUCCCCUGAAAGACCAUUAAAGGUGAAACGGAAGGAGAAGUCCACACUGAGCCCCUCUCCCACAUAUGCAGCUCUGCCUCGCAGGAGCUCUGAGAGGCGAGAGCGAGAGAUGAUCAUGAAUAUGAGGGAUGAAUCCCCACCACCCAGGCAUUCUGGGAAAAGAGAGACAGAGUUCAGUCUCAGAAUGGAUUCGCUUAGUGACAACCUGGCGAGAUCCUCUGUUUUGUCUAAUGACUGGAGGAAUGCUAUGGAUUUUGUGCACCCUGAUAAAAAGGAACAGGAAUUCCACUCAGUGUUCCAGCACAUUCCAUGUAAUAAGUUAUGCAGAAGCCCCUCAGAGCUAUUCGCUCAGCAUUUAGUUGCAAUUGUUCAUCAUAUCAAAGCGCAACAUUUCCCUUCCUCUGGAAUGACUUUAAAUGAUCGAUUUGCCAUGUAUCAAAGAAUAGCUGCUGAGAAAGAAAUUGCAAAGCCAAGGAAGAGUCCAGAGAUACACAGGCGAAUUGAUGUUUCUCCCAGUGCUUUUAAGCGACACUCUCUCAUGUUUGAUGAAUUGAAAGGCUCCGUGGAUAGCAGCUUCAAGGUUGAUGGUAAACAAUUGAAAGGUGAUACAGUGGACCUUCGGUUAGAUAUUGAGCACCGUAAAAAGUACAUAAGCAGAGACCCAAAUGACAAACAGGAAGGGGAUGGAGAAUCAGGGGAAUCUCCUGGGUCAGACAUGGAGAUAUCCAUUGAGAAAUCUUUGAAGCACCAUAAAAAAUCAAAAAAAAGCAAGAAAAAACAAGAACGCUCUCACUCUUCAUCCUCCGUGUCCGCUCUUUCUCAUGAGGAGGAGGCUGAAUCCACAGAGGAGACCUUCAGCAAGGCCCAGCUGCAGCUCCGAGAAUGCUCCGGGCCCAUGGAGAGGGGGCAGCAGCAGUUCAGAACACAAGCUAGAGGCUGGAACAAAGUUAAUUCCUUUGGAAACAAUAGUAAUAGCAAUAUCAAGACUUAUGUGACAGUGCAUCCAAAGAAUGAGGACUGGGAUCAAGAGCACAUGCCUAAAAUCAGAAAAUACUGCCUGCAAGUGGGAAAGGAUGGAGAGGGGGAGAGAAAGUGGGCGGCGGCUGGGGGGCGUGGCCAGCCAAGUGUCCCUCGUGUGAAGGGCCGUUUUAUCCUGCGGCGACCCACCAGUACCUGCACUACAAACAGCUCCAGCUCUGACUGGAGCCAUGGCAAGUUCCAGGCCAGCAGUGAGGAUGGUGAGCGGCCAGGCAACAGCACAGAGCAGGACCACAAAAAAUAAACCAAUGCCUGAGCUCCAGCUAGCAGGGGAAAGAAGGAUUAAGCACUAGCCAUUCCCCACACUUUUACACUGGCUGGACAGGACCAGGGAUUCGUCGUACAUCAAUGUCUGCAGUUCACUUGUUACCAUCAAGAGUGUGAAACAUUUAUUCAGUAGGAGACCAUUAGAAUCCAAGCCCUUCCUUUUACUAGGGGUAUUCUGUAAUGCAUUUUGUAAAAUUACUUUAGCAUUAAUGUGUUUUUUUUUCCAUUAAGAUGUUAUCUAUGUGUUUGUAAUAGAUUCUUAGGUGCACUCUUUUACUAUGCAGUGGAAAGUGGUUGAUUUUUUCCCUUUUUAUAUGCACAGAUAUUUACAAAUGAUCACAUUUAAAGGGAAAUAUGGGAUACAGUUGGUGCCUUAAGAGAUGGAUAUGCUGAGCUGAUUUUGCUAAAAAGCAAUUAGAUUUUGAAUUUAAUGGAAAGCUUAGUAUGUCACAUAAGUACAAAGAUGAACAUGGUCUGUCUCUGUCAGAGAUUAACAUGAAUCUACUGUAGCAAUAAAAAUAAAGUGAGUAAAUUAUGAGAAAAUUAGGAGCAAGAUACAAGUUAUCACUGUGUCUGUGGUGGAUUAUACCCACUGCAUUACAUUUCUUACACAUAUUGCUUUUCUGACAUCAUAAAUCUGAAACUUCGACUCACCAUGUCUGUUAAGUGUGUCCAGGUCCUUGUAUGUCUGAGCAGAGAAUAUAUCUUAUUAAUUUCUCAGUUGUUGGCAAAUUGUUUAUCCAAUAAAUAUCUUCAGUACUUUC